AUGUUCCCACUUUCGAAGAAAUAUGAAAAAUCUGAUGCUGCAGUUACACAAGUUGAAUCAAAUAAAGCCAAUGAUGUGCAAAGUGAGAAAUCUCAAGAUGUAAUCACAGCAGAACCAUAUCCAAGUCACGAAGAUGACAACAAGAAAUCUUUCUGGUCAAGAUUUAGAUUUUCUGUUGAUACCACUGAUCACCCACCACAGAUUUUCAACAAAACUUUAUACUUGAGUAUCUUUGUGUUUGGUAUGUUUGGUGCUGGUAGGGGUUUAGAUGAAGGUAAUAUUUCGGGAAAUAUUGCUCUUCCUGCAUUUAAACAACGGUUUGGUCUUAGUGAUGAAUCCAAGUCGGAGAAUGAGCUUGCCAAUUUGAAGUCAAAUAUCACAUCAAUGGUGCAAUUGGGAUCUAUUGGUGGUGCCAUCAUUGCCAUGAAAUCAGUUGAUUUCUUGGGAAGAAUUAGAGCUUUGCAGUUGGUUUGUAUUCUUUGGGUUGUUGGGGUUAUUAUUGAAAUUUCAUCAAAUUCUGUUGGUCAAUUAUACGCUGGUCGUUUGAUUGAAGGGUUGGCUAUUGGACAAACUACAUCUAUUGGUCCUGUGUACAUGUCAGAAGUUGCCCCCAGUCCUAUUCGUGGUAUGGCCAAUUGUAUCUUUGCUGGUGCCGUGUAUUUGGGUAUCAUGUUGAGUUAUUUUGCCAAUUAUGGAUCAGCAUUGCAUAUCCCUAGUGAAACCAGUGAUGGUUCACCCAAUGACAAGCAAUGGAGAGUCACAUUAUCCACCAAAAUUAUCAUGGCUGGUUUGAUCUUUAUCAGUUCAUUUUUCUGGUGUGUUGAAAGUCCUCGUUGGUUGUUGAAGCAUGGCAAAUCUCAAGAGGCUAUUGACAAAUUGAGUAAAUUGAGGCAUUUGCCAAAUGAUCAUCCAUACAUUAUUGCAGAAAUUAGUGAUAUCAAUGAACAAGUAAUGGCAGAAAAGGAGGCCACCAAGAAUCAAUCAUUGUGGUCAAUGUUUAAACAAAUUGUUACCGUAAAGAGUAUUGCUUACAGAUUUGUCUUUAUUGCUGGUGCAACUCAAGUGUUGGGUCAGUGGAGUGGUGCCAAUGCUGUGACAAUUUAUGCCUCGGAAUUGUUUUCCUUGAUUGGUGUGACUGGUAUUGGUACUUUGAAAAUGUCGGCCGUCUUGGGUGUUGUGAAGUUUGUGUCAGCUUACCUUUCAGCAUUUUUCAUUAUUGAUAUCUUGGGUAGGAAAAGAGCCAUUUAUAUUGGUAUUUGUGGUCAAAUGAUGUGUUUGUUAUACUAUGCCAUCUUUUUGACAGUGGUUCCUGAAGCUGCUGAAAAGGGAGUUGUAAUUACUGGAUCAGCAAAGAGGGCAAGUCAAGGUGCUUUGGCAGCAAUCUUUUUGAGUGGUACAUUUUGGACAGUUGGGUUCAACUCUAUACAAUAUUUGAUUGGUGGUGAGAUUUUCCCUCUUGGUAUUAGAUCUUUUGCUCAAUCAUUGGUUAUGAUUUUACAUUUUGCUAAUCAAUAUGGUAACUCCAAGGCAUUACCCAAGAUGAUGAUUGCUAUGAAUUCAUACGGAGCUUUCUACUUUUUCGUUGGUGUUUUGUGCAUCUCAUUAGUUUGGGCAUUCUUCCUUCCUGAAUUGAAAGGUAGAAGUUUAGAAUCUAUCGAAGAAGUGUUUACGUUACCAUGGUAUGAUUUGAGACGUUGUAACAAGUUGGUUCCUGAUCAUUCACAGAUUCAUAAAGUCAAGUACACAAAUAGCAGAGGUAAUACUGGAUUCGACCAUAUUCACUUCGAUUUGGAAAAGAAUAAGCCCAGCGUUGAAUUGGUUGAAGAUUUGAUGAAACAUGAUGAGGGUAAAGCUUCGAAUGGUGGUGGUGGCUCUAGAAGACAGCACGAUGAUGACGAUGAUGACGAUGACGAAAAGAAGAUUUAG